GUUUUAUACAGUGUACACCUUCAAUUACCUAAAUCAAUUAUUUUAUAAUUGCAAUCUUUAAACAAUGAAGUUGUACGUUAGUUUCGCCGUUCUCAUCGCCAUCAUUGCCGCCGUGAGCUGUGCCCCACAAUUUGGAUUUGGAUCGUCCGGAGCUGGAGCCAAUGCGGCCUCCCAAGGAAUUGGCAUGGGUGGUGCAUUUCCCGGCAUGGGUGGUGGAAUGAGCUCCUCAAAUGCAAACGCUGGUGCACAAGGGUUCGGAAUGGGCGGUGGAUUUCCCGGAAUGGGCGGAGGUAUGGGUUCAUCUUCAGCAAAUGCAGGCGCUGGUUCUCAAGGAAUCGGAAUGGGCGGAGGCUUUCCCGGAAUGGGAGGCGGCAUGAGUGCAUCGAAUGCUAACGCUGGAGCACAAGGAAUGGGAUUUGGCGGAUUCGGUGGAUAAUCAUUCGUGAUUACGGUGACAGUAAUAUGUAUUGGUGUUCAUAUUCAUUUAAAAUUUUGUUCAUGAAACCCGUUUGCAAAAGUAUUAAAACAAAAACAAAAUAAAAGAAAAUUUAGAGUAAUAAUUGAUGAUGACAAUAUCCACUAUGCUUAGCAUUAUGCAUUAUGGGACAGGGAAGAGGAUCAAG